CUUCAGCCUACAAGUAACAAGUAUUCAAUUAAUUACAAGAUUGAUAUGAUUUUAAUAUUUUUAUCAAUUUACUGGAGAACAUAAAAGUGCGGGAAAUUUAAUCAUAUUAUCAAUUUAUAAAAUAUUAUCACUGGUUAUAAAAAUGUCAGGUUCGCUGUUAUCAAAAUCGGGAGUACCGUAUGUCUGUACAUAUUAUUUACCCAAUGACUUUACCCAUCCCUUUUUGAACAACCACCCAGCACCACAUAUAUCUACACUAUACUUACCUGUGCCCGGCACCCAUAAAAAUAAUCAAUACCAAAAUUACAAAACCGGAGCCUGGAAUCAUUUUUGUUUUUUACUAGUGUAGACUGUAGAGGUUUUAAUUUUUGUCAUAAUCUCUUAGAUCAUAAUAUAUUAAUUACUCUUAGCUCUAAAGUAGUAAGUAAUAUAUUAAUUGAUCUAAGAUACUUAAUAUAAUCUGUAUUUUGCAUUACAUAUACAAAAAUGGUGAUGGCAUGCUCAGCAUUUAAAUGUGCCAACAAGUACCAUGAAGAUAUACCUAUUCAGUUUCAUAGGUAACUACUUAUUUUAAUUGAACAAUAGUAUUUAAUAUAUUAUAAUAUUAAUAACUUUUUAUAUAAAUAUAUAGAUUUCCACUGGAGAAUCCUGAAUUACUUAAUAAAUGGAUGAGUGAAAUGAAAAUAAAUGACUUUAAGCCCACUGUGUACAGCUUUUUGUGUAGUGAACAUUUUAUUAUUGAUGACUAUGAAAUUCAACCAGGGACAGAAGUUAAAUUUUUAAAAAAUGAUGCAUUUCCAACUGUAUUCAAAUAUUUUCCAAGUUAUUUACAAGAAAAUUUGACAUUUAAACAACCUGUAUUACCAAGACCUACGGUAGAUGUACAUAUUAUUAGUUAUGAAACCAAUAACUCAAUAAAUGAGUAUUUUUGUUUCAGAUAAGCGAAUUCAGUGUUCAGGAAAUACCUGCAAGUACUAGUCGAUCAACCGACCCAUUAGUUGACAAUGAAGUGGUUCCAGUUGUAUCUUCACCAGAGUUAUUGGUUUGUAUAUUUUUCAUUAUAAUAAAUAUUAUACAUUAAUUUAUUAAUAUAUUUGUGUAGGACGGUUCAGAAUACACACUUAAACAAUGUGAUUCAAAAUCAUCAAAACGAGUUUUACGUAGUAAAAUAAAAAAAUUACAAAAACGUUUGAAGAAACGAGACCUUAAAAUUAAAUCUUUAAAAACUCUGCUCUAUAAUAUGAAAAAAAAAAAAGUUCCUUCAUCUGAUGAAACUGCUAAUCAACUGGAAGAACAGCAUGUUGGUGGGUACAUCCAUUACAUUUAUUGUUGCACGAACAAACAUAAAUGUAGAACAUUUGGAAAGUUGUGUGCAAAUGUGUUUUGAUGUAAUGUAUUAUUUUUUAAAAACUUUAUUCUGUUAUUUAUUUAAUAUCUUCAAUCUGUAGCUAGAUGAGUUCUAUUCAUUGUUAAGUGAAGUUUAUUCAUUUUUAAAAUUGGAAGUAGAGAAAUGUGAUAUUAGCUCCAUGAUUGGUGUUUAAUAUUCAAUUUUAUGGCUAUUAGAAAAUCAAGUAAAAGAAAAUAUUCAGAAAAUGUUGAUUUUGAUGAUGGUUCUAAAAAUCAUAUUUAGCUAGAGAAGUGCAUGUUUUUAAGAACUGUAAGUUUAACAAAGUGUUUUAAAUGUGUAUUUUUGUUGUUAUGUAUUAUAAGUCCAAACUAUUUUUGAACUAAGCUAUUGUAAUUUUUGCUAUUUUUAAGUUGCCUUUUUAAGAUUUGAAUUUGUAUUUGGAGUGUGAUUUUUCAAAAAAUUAGGUCAUAGUUUUAAUCUUAAUAACAAUGAUGAUUUCAAAUGUAAAUACUAAAUUUAUUGUUAUUUACUGCUUAUUUAGAAGUUAAUUCCUUAAUAGAUUCAAUGAUGCAUGUUGCAUGCUAAAAUUUGCAAGGAAUUCUUUGACUAAUUAGGGAACGUUUAAUGCUAAUAAUAGUAUACAAUUGCUUUAAAUAAUUUGCAAAAUAAUAUUGGUUUCAGACUAGUUAAUAAAUUGAUAUGGCAACAUUUAAAUCAUUACAGGGACAAUAUUAUAAAAGUGAAGUUGGCAGUACAGUCAUUGAGGGGCAGGUGCAAUUGAAUACUUGCAAAAUAAAGGAUAGGCACAAUUUCAAAGAAGUAUAAAUCUGCAAAUCAAUUGUUUAUAUUAUUAGGUUGUUUGAUGAGUAUAUUAAACUCUAAAUUUUCUCUUUCAAAAAGUUUUAUUGUUAUUAUCAUUAGGCUUUUUAAUAGUAUCAGCAUAGAAUCUAUGUUUUAUAGUUCAACUGAGUAUUUUUAAUUAUAUUAAACAUAACUUGCCUAUAAUAUUUAUUUGAUAGUAAUGUAUUUAUAUUUAAUUCACAAAUGGACAAUUUAAAAAUUUCCUAUAACUGAAAUAAAAAUUUCUUUAAAAAUGUUUUACCUUAAUUAAAAGUUGUCACAAGAUUCCUUUUGAGUGGUUUUUUCUGGAUCAAUGUGAGUGUCAUAGUAAUGAAUAACCAUUACUGUAUUCAAUUAAAAAAUACUUAGAGAUAGAAUAAUAACUAUAAAACAGUAAUUGUUGUGAUUUUAAAGCACAAGCUUUUGAUUCUGAGAUUUUAGAAUCCCAUUCAGAUAUUCAAAAAUUCUAUGCUUUCCUUAAGAUUGUUCUUAAUUUUAUAAAACAUUUAAUUUUUACAAUGUUUGUUGGUAGAGGUAAUUAAUUGUUGUUUCAAAAGCUGUUUUGUUUAUUAUAGAACAUUUAGAUAAAGCUUUUAGAGUUGCUACAAAAAAGGAACACAUUUCUAUACAAAUUUUAAAUUAGUUAUUAUUUAAUGUACUAGAAGAAAUAUAUUAAGUAAAAAAAAAAAAUAGAUUAUUAUCAAAAGUAUUUAUUUUUAUUGCUCCAAGUCUUGUAAAUAAGGAUUUCGAAGGUCCAAGUCAUGAAUUUACAUUACUUAAAGCAGUUUGUAAAAUAUUUAUAAACAUUUGAAUGUGUGUAUUAAAAUAUAAAAUCUUCUACUGCUAACUAGUCUAUAGGUAAAUUAUUAUUAUCUAUUUUAAGAUUUAAACCUUUUAUUAUAUACAACAUGGAAUAUAUUUGUAAUUUAUUUUUUAAUUUCAAAAGUAAUCUGUUCUUCUAAUUUUUAAACAUUUAUAUAAUUAAAUGAGUACAUUUUAUUAUGUUUUAUUUAUUAUGUUAUUACUCUUUUCAUUGCAGAUGAUGUGAACAAAUUCAAAAGUAUAGCAUACAGUUGUAAUUAUGCUUUUAAUUGUUGAUAUUUUGUUUUCUAUCAUUUAUUAAUU